ACAACAAUGAUGGCCGCCCCCUUUACACCGUGAUACGCUCUCUUGAAUCAAAGUGCAUAGGACAUUAAUUAUGUCCUAGUUAAUAUGUAACUUAUGCCAACAUUAUGUUAUAACUACACGAAAUUCGUGAUGUUUUUUUAGUAAGGAAUUGACAUAACAUGGGACUUGAUGGAAUUAUCUUUGCCAUUGAAGCUGGGAUAUGUGCAGCUCUGGCAUCUGUAUCUGCAAAACUUGCCACUUGUUCAGAAACUGAUACAUUUGUUACACUUGGUUCCAGCAAUUACUUACCUGAUGGAUUUCAAUAUACUGGAGAGCUCACCUUGGCUGUCAGAUUUGUCUGUGUCACUGGAAUUUUUCUGUUUAAUGCCAUUAUGUGGGUGCUGUUCACAAAAUCUAUGCACAAAUGCUCCUCAACAUUAGAAGCAACAGCCUUCAAUAUAUCAUCUAAUUUUAUAUCAACGGCUGCGUUUGGACAAGUGCUGUUUGGUGAACAUCUUGGGAUGAUUUGGUGCCUUGGUACAGUUUUAAUCAUCAUUGGCCUUACUGUUCUUCACAAAGAAUCCAAUGUGGUUGACAUUGAUGAAAACAAGCACAGCCAGGAUAAAAUAAAUAAACAAGAACUAUCUUAAUGUAACUGUUGACAUUUACAUAUUUUUAAAUCAUUUGCUUUACAUUAAAGUUUAAAUAAAAAUUCUUUCAGU